AUGUCUGCCCCGCCUGAUUCUGCGUUUGCUACUAUACUCACCCCGACUGCGCUAGGCUCCAUCAACCAAGAGGUCCGUGACGCUAUUAUGGCCCUCCAGAGUGAGUUGGAGAGUGAAAGAGAACGGGCCAGGAAGUUCGAGAAUCAAGUUGCGGUCCUCUCUAGCAACGAUCCCAGUGGGCUCUACAAUAAAUACAUAGACAUGGAAACUACGAGCGAACUGCUCAAGCAGGCCGUUCAGAAGGCUAUCGAGGAGCGGGAGGCGCUAGAGAAACAGUAUCAGAGUCUCAGAGCGGACUUCAGCUCACUUCAGGCGGAUCUCGCAGCCAAGGAGGAGACACUACGGUUUCUAACGGACGGCAACGAUGCCGCUAAGCAGCUGUCUAUGGCCAAUUCGGAGAUCGCCGCCUUAAAGCUUGAAAUAUCAGAUUUGGACGGUAACUUGAAACGCCUUACAAAUGAUGCGGAGAGGUUGCGCGGUGAAUGCGAAGAUCUCCGCGGAGAGAAUGAGAACUUGAAGAAUGCGCUCCAUCGUGUAGACGAGACCAUGACAAAUAUCCGCAGCCACCAGGAUAGCACAGCACCUGGCUCGACACACGGAAGUGCCUAUGAUGGUAACGAAUUCUACAGGCCGCCGACGGGCAGGGAUACCAAGUCUGAUGACACCGAUGCACCAGAUUACCAGAAGCUGUACUUACAACAGAGCGAUCAGAUCUCGUCUCUUCAAGCAGAGCUUGAGAAGCUUAGAUACCUUGCUAAUCCCGAUGACCAGUACAGCAGUAACAUUGCGUCUUUGAAUUACCAGGUGCACAAGCUGUUCGAGGAUAAUAAGAAGAGCCAGGUACGUAUCAGCGAACUCACUGCUCAAAAGGAAGCCAGCGAUGCGAUAAUUCACAGCCUGGAACAAGAGCUUGUUCACCUUCGCUCCGGAUCUGCUGCUGGAUCUGCUGACCAGGCAGAGUUAAGUAACCUUCGAAACAAGCUGACGGCGACGGAAAUAGAGCUUCGUUCUAAGAAACAAGAGGUCGAGACUGCACGAAGCGAGAAGAAUGCCAUGGGGGCGGACUAUUACGCACUCCAAGCUGAAAUAGAGCAAUACAAGAAGCUAGAGCACGAUCUAAGCGUAGAUGUGACGCUUCUCCGCCAGCAGUUGGCUGAAGCGCGCGGGCAGGCUCCCGAAACAGGUGCUCUCCAGGCAGAGCUUGGUAAUCUUCGUCAACUUUCUAAUCGUCUCGAGCAAGAACUUCUUGCGCUCCGAAAAGCUCUUGGGAGCACUGGUAUCACUGGGGUCGAGAUUCAACUUAAGCGCAAGGACAUAGAGAUCGCUCGCUUGAAUGAACGGGUCGAGCUACUUCUCAAUACGUCUCCGGAGGCUGGCGAUACCGUUGAUAAUCUCUCACGAAGAUUGAUGAAUGUUCAGGAGGACCUCAAGACCAAGGAACAGUUGCUUUCGAACUACGAAAACCACCUGACUGCAAUGAACGGAGUGACACCGGAUAAAAUCGAGGAACUGACCUCUCAGAUCAACACGCUAACUGCGCAGAACAGCGAGUUCGCUCAUAUGUUAAGCCAGCAAGGCCGCGGUCAGGAGGUCGAGAUCAUUGAAGGAAAGAAUGCACGAAUCAAAGAGUUGGAGGACGCAAUCAAAUCUUACAAAUCUAUAAUUGACAAUCUCGUAACCGCCAACGUUGCGUCAAAUAAAGAGGUCAGCCAGAUGAGUGAGGCCCUUGUUCUUCAUGAGCAGACUGUCGCAUCUCUCGCUGAAUCUCUGCAGACAGGAAUGGCCCUGAGGCUCGUGAAUGCUCCAUCAGAUCAGCAAGCGCCAGCUACUAUUGGGGGCGAUGCUCUUCCACUAGUAGUGCCAGAUGAAUAUAAGAUUCCGGAUGAGGUCAAGCAGAGCUCCGAUCCCAAGGUUCUGCGUGAUGCGCUUCAAGCGACAGAGCAGAUUAUAGCCAAACUUUACGAUGAAAAUGUAUCCAAGACACAUGACAUCGAGCAACUUCAUGAUGCUUUGAAGUCUCACGAGCACGCACUCGUAAGCAUCAGGGAGGCUAACUUAGCGAAGGAUCAGGAAAUCGACCAGCUCAAUGAUGCGUUAGCUCACCAGGAAAAGACAGUUGGGUCUCUUGUUGCCACACUUUCACCCCGAUUGGGAAAUUCGGCCAUCCGUGACCGGGAUGGGCUCAUUCAGAUGGGCAGCCCGGUCUAUGAUUACAGUGACAUGCCCCCAUCAGAGGCUGAGUUGGAGAUGCUUAGAGAAGCUGUGAAGCAUGCAGAAGAUACGAUCGCUGCUAUGCGUGAGGCCAACGCCGCCAAAGACAAAGAGAUUGAAGAACUUGGUCAGGCCCUAGCUCUGCAGGAGCAGACUGUGACCUCACUCUGCCAAACACUUUCUCCCAGUUUUACCGUGGGACCUGGAGCUGUUUCUUCUGAAGAUGAGGGUCCGCUUGACAACCGCAUCAAAGUGCCCCCUGAGACCUUGGAGAAGCUCCGGGACCUUGAGCACGAGAACGAGAAACUUAGGCACGACAUGCAGUUGCUUCAGAACCUUGAGAAGUACCUUCCAGGCGGUCAUGUUUACGAGGAAAACGUGGAGAAAGGCGACGCCGGUGCUAAUAUGGCUUACUUACUUGCACACAAGGACGUCGAGCUGGAGAACCUCAACACAGAGCUUAAAGACCAGCAGGAUGAGAUAAAGCGUCUCAAGGAGGCUAUGUUCUCGCGCGAGGAAGUCAUCGCUAAAGUUUCUUACAUCGAUGCCAACAAGUCCAAGGAAAUUGAAGACCUCCACGAGGCUAUGCGAAAACAGGAGGAGAUCGUUCAGAACCUCUGCGCUUCCCUGUCUCCAGAUCUUACUGCAGCCAUGGCGAUGCAGCCGCGAAGUGGAGAUGCCCCUGACGCUGAUGAUGCGAGACCUAAGUACAACAUGGAGGAGCUUAUUGCGGAGUUGCAGAAGAAGAUCUCCGAGCUGGUGGGCGCUGAGCGCGUAGCCGAAAAAGACGCAGAGAUCGACCGCCUCAAGAAGCAGCUGGCUUAUCAGGAGAACCCAAUUCUCGAACGCACCGCUAUUAACGAACUUAUGGAAAAGGAGACACACAUCAAGAAGCUCCAAGAUGUUAUUGAGCGCCAAGACAGGGUUAUCGAUGAGCUUAAAAACACUGUGAUCCAUCGCGAAAAUGAAAUAAACAACAUGUCCAGUGCAAAGGCCAAGAUAGAGCACGUCCUAGACCUGCAGGAGAAGAGUGGCGAGGCAUCGAGGGCGAAACUUACAAACCUUUCAGAAGCAUUGGCCAAACAAGAGAAUCUGGUUGACCGCCUGUUGAAUUGUCUCUCACCAAGCCAGCGCGAAACGUUCCUCAAAGAGGAGGAAGAGAGGAAGAAGCUGAAGGCAGCACGUGAGGAGGAGUUGGCCAAUACAAUCCGCGAUCUCCAGGAACAGCUUGACCGGGCCAAGAAUGAGGGAGGAUCUACUAAGGAGGCGAGUGCGCUUCUUACGAAGGCGUCGGGCAAGAUGAUCCAAUGGUUCAAGGAGCGCCCUAAGGACAUGCCGAACGCCCUGGAUAUUUUUUCUUGA